AUGAGGGAUGCCCCGUGGGAGGUGUACAAGUCGGAGACUCGACACAGAGUGCAACGGGAGGUUGCAAAGCCGGGUUACUUGAUUGAGCAUACCGGAAAGCAGAUUGAAGAGUUGGAACAGAAAGGCGAGUUGGAAAUUGCUGACCGUGGGGCUCACGUGCUUGUGCCCGAUUCAGCCCCUUGGCAGAGAAAAGUUGCAACCAACGAGCUUUUUCCAAGCAGAUCUUUCGUUCCGUUCCCAAGCCUCUGCAUGUGUAGGUUGCGUAACGAACAAUCUCAGAGAUCCUCAGUCCUAUCGCUAAUCUGUCACAUCUGCACAUCAUUAUUCAUUCCAGAAGCCUCACCAAAAGCUGCAUCGUGUUCAGCCAGCCACACAAAAGCAAAUACAGACUACCCCGCAGUAAGUAGAUCGAACACCCCAGAUCUCAGAAUGUGGAGUGGAGAGGGUUCGAACACUCAAACUUUAAAUCUUGAUUAUCUAUUUCCGUAUGAAAUCUUCGCGCUGAAUCUGCCUCAACAAUACUUAUCCACGACCGAGAGGGGUUGUGAUAUGACAGUUACUCAAUAG